GGAGAACAACUACAUCUCCUGAACAGCUGCUCCAUCCAGAGCUUCACAUCAGCUCCUGUUCUAGCAGGGUUCCACAGCCACAGCUGAACAAGAAGUUGAGGGAGUCAGUGACAGCAGCCACCAUCCAUUUCUUGAAGAGAUUUUUGAAAACUACCAGGAUGAAGCUCUCCAGGGUUUUUGCCUGUCUCUCCUUGCUCCUUAUAAUUGGUGUAGGGGAUUCAUUACCUCAGCACAACCCUCAGGUAUCCCAAAUGGUCACAGACUUUGGGAUGAAGGUGUUUCGGGAAGUGGUCCAGACCUCUGGGGAUGGCAAUGUGGUCUUUUCACCCUAUGGAAUAGCCUCAGUGUUGGCCAUGCUGCAACUGACAACUGGAGGGAACACCAGGGAGCAGAUCCAAGCUGCAAUGGAAUACAGCAUUGAAGAGAAAGGUCUGGCCCCUGCACUCCGAAAGCUCUAUAAAGAGCUCAUGGCACCUUGGAACAAAGAUGAAUUCAGUACAGCCAACGCCAUCUUCAUCCAGCGUGAUAUGGAGCUUGUCCAGGGCUUCAUGCCCUACUUCUUCAAAGUAUUCCGAAGCAUGAUCAAGCAGGUAGACUUCACUGAAGGGGAGAGGGCCCGGUUCAUCAUGAAUGAUUGGGUACAGAGGCAUACAAAAGGUAUGAUCAGCAACUUGCUGGAAGAGGGGACUGUGGACCAAUUGACCAAAAUGGUGUUGGUCAAUGCACUCUACUUCAAAGGCCAAUGGAAGUUGCCUUUUCCAACCAAAGGCACCCACCAUCGCCUCUUCCACAAAUCUGAUGGAAGCACUGUCUCUGUGCCCAUGAUGGCCCAGACAAACAAGUUCAACUGCACUGAGUUCUUGACCCCCAGUGGGCACUACUAUGACAUUGUGGAACUGCCCUAUCAUGGUGACACUCUCAGCAUGUUCAUUGCUGCCCCUUAUGAAAAGGAAAUGCCCCUCUCUGCCCUCACCAACAUUUUAGAUGCCCAGCUCAUCAGUCAAUGGAAGGGCAAUAUGACCAAAGCGCCCCGUCUCCUGAUUCUGCCCAAGUUUUCGCUAGAGAGUGAAGCUGACCUGAAAAGGCCUCUGGAGAACUUGGGGAUGAAGGACAUGUUCAGGCCAGGGCAGGCAGAUUUCUCCAGACUUUCUGACAAAGAAAUGCUCUAUGUAUCCCAGGCCUUACAAAAGGUGAAGAUUGAGGUGAAUGAGAGUGGUACUGUGGCAUCCUCAACCACUGCCAUUGUUGUCUCUGCUCGAAUGGCUCCCCAGGAGAUCAUUGUGGACCGGCCCUUCCUCUUUGUAGUCAGACACAACCCUACAGAAACAAUUCUCUUCAUGGGACAAGUGAUGGAACCCUAAGAGAUCAGGCCCUACCCCUGGGAAAAGGGAAAACUCAUUUGGAACUGAACUACAAGUGACAUACACAAAACGAUCCUCUGAAGAAAUAAAUGGCUUUUUUCAUUUCUUUCUAGAAAAAGACACUCCUGCCCCUCAAACAAACCAACCCUACCUUCCUUUCCCUUUUAUUAUCUUACCCUCAAAUCUUGGCCUCUCACACAAAGGAGAAGGCAGACAGUGAAACAAUUUCCAAGAGGGUCCAAGCCAGACUGCUAAGGCUUUGCAGGAUCAUUUAUUUGGACAUCUGUUUUUGUUUGGUCAUCUCUCUAUCCCCUGGGUCCCACUAAAACCCUAAAAAGGAAAAAAACAAAGACUGAUGGGACCUUUGGUGUGCUUGGUAGAAGAUAAUCUAUUUCCUAGUCAUGUUGCUUUCACUCUUGUACUGUCUGCCACUGCUGAAGAGGCUGGCACCAGACCAGAGAAGGUCAGGAGAAAUCAUCCUUUAAUACUAAAUUCUAAAUGGAUAUUGACCUUCCUCCCCUUCAAUAAGAGGACUUCUAAGGAUGGCCAGAAGAACUCUACAUGGCACCAAGAUUCACUUUGGCAAAGUACCCUCCUUGGAAAAUAGGAUGCAGAUUUCUUUGGACUCUUAAAAUAUUUGCUUACUCAGAGGACCUGAUCUUUUGCUCCCCUCUCCCUUUUUGUUUUUGGGGAGGAGAGGAAGAAGAGCCAGAGUGUGGUGUGUGUGUGUGUGUGUGUGUGUGUGUGAGAGAGAGAGAGAGAGAGAGAGAGAGAGAGAGAGAGAGAGAGAGAGGUCAAGGAAGAUUUAAUAUAUUCAUGUAUUAGUAUUGUUAUUUUGCACUUGUUCUGCUUUUGUGUAAGAGAGAAUAUCAAUGAGGCUCACAAUUGGCAAAAACCACUGAGUUUAUUAGGGGGAAGAAAAACCCCCAUACUAUUUAGUGUGUAAUGAGGCCUGCAGUGCCACCUUGUGGCCAAAACUAACACCACCUAUGGCAGGAAGGUGGUUAGGUCUCUGGAAAUCCAUUUCAGAGUCUCUGGAGGUAUGUCAUGGCGGUCAAGAGGAGAGAAAUGAGUUUUUUUUUUAAAUUGCACAUUUCUAAUUACAUAGAAUGAAAUAUGGAUAUGACAUGAUAGAAGCUCAAUCACCCCACUAUGUAUGAGUACCUCAGCAAACUCCAUCAAGUAGGGGGGCUUCUUUUAUCUUCACUCAUUUUUCAUUUUGCACUGGAUGGUGAGAGUUACAUAUAGAAUCCACAAUGUGAUACCAAAAUGUUGAUCCAAAUUUUCUUGAAGCAGUUUGUAUAUAAUUAUAUAACUUUUUUCCACUUUUGAUAUGUAAAUGAGAAAAUAAUUUUUUAUAAAAAUAAUAAAAUAUUUCAAAAUAA